AUGGACGGCCCCAACUCCACCUUGCCCAUAUAUGCUGACAUGCCAACCAGCCUGCUGUGGCCUGUACUCGUCUUUGCUGUCAUCCUGUUCGUGCUUGGCUUCUUUGGCAACUGUUUGGUCCUGUAUAUAUAUCAUCGUCACAUGGCGCCGACAAUGUACGGGCUUUUUGUCAAAUCAUUAGCGACGCUGGACUUGUUCAGCAUCAGCGUGUGUCUUCCCAGUUCGUUCUACUUUACCUUCUUCGCCCGUUCCAAUGACACGCCUCACAUGUGCAAGUUCAUCACCUUCAUGAGCAAUUUCACAACCGUCACCUCUGGUAUCCUUCUGAGCAUCAUCGCAUUCGAGCGCUACAGGAAGAUAUGCCGUCCUCUGGCUCCACAGAUAACCAAAUCUCUGGUAAAGAAGCUAUUUCUUGGAGGCAUCACCGUUGUGCUUCUGCUAAGCGUACCCGUUCUCUUCACCGUUGGCGUCACCAUCAACAAAGUCUAUCUUGGUAACACGAGCGUUGAGUUUCCUGGGUGUGACUAUCAAGAGAAAUUCAAGCAGAACGGACAAUCGUUAAUGUUCUCAAUCCUUCUGAUCGUAGGGUACCUAGCCAUUGCAGCUUUCAUGGGAGUCAUGUAUGGACUCAUAGGACGAGUCCUCCAUCGUCACAGGGAGCAACACAAAGAUCAGAUUCCAAAGAAAAGAAUCUCCACAAAGAUAUUUUUCAUCCUCACCAUUGUGUACUUCUUCAGUGUCUCUCCUACGAUGACCUUGACCUUGAUCUAUACCCUUCACCCCGAAUUGGAUGACCUGUCUUUGACCAAAAUGACGCUUCUCAAUCUCGCCUGGUAUUGUCCCUACGUGAACGCCGUUGCCAACCCCAUCAUAUACAGUUUCACGUCAAAGCUGUUCAGCGCAAAGUGCCAUCAAGUACUGUGUUGUCGCGAAGUUAAAGGUGUUUAA